GUGCCUGCCCGAGGCCAGCGCGGCGGCCGCAGCGGGCUGCAGCGCUGGAGCGGGCGGCGGCUGGGGCCCUUGGCGAGGUGCUUUUACCCUGCAGACCCGCGGCCGAGGAAGGGGGAAGUCGGCCCGGAGGCGCGAGCUGGAGAAAGGAGGAUGUCUAUUUAACCCGCACCCUCCUGCCCGUCCAUUGCUGGGCGCUCGUCUGGGUGCCAGCAGCUAGAGCCUCCGAGCCGCUCCCGGAGAAGUGCCCCAUGGGGCAGGGCCGCUGAAACACCGAGUUGGGGGUCUCGUCGCGCGAAACGGGGGGGGGGGGGGGGCCGUUGUGGUAGUUGGCACAGUUUCGGCCCCGCCUUCAAAGCCAGAGCUGGGAGCGCGGUGCGCCUGGUCUGCCACCCCGCUGCCCUCGUGAGGCGCGAGUUAUGGAGCCGCCCAGCUGCAUUCAGGAUGAGCCGUUCCCGCACCCCUUGGAGCCAGAGCCGGGCUCACCAGCGCAGCCCGGUUCCGGGAAGCCCGGCGACAAACGGUUUCGGCUGUGGUACGUGGGAGGGUCGUGCCUGGACCACAGAACCACGCUGCCCAUGCUGCCCUGGCUCAUGGCUGAGAUCCGCCGGCGCAGCCAGAAGCCCGAAGCGGGAGGCUGUGGGGCGCCGGCGGCCCGCGAGGUACUUCUGGUGCUCAGCGCGCCCUUUCUGCGUUGCAUCCCCGCGCCCGGCGCCGGGGCCGCGGGGAGUGCUGGCCCCGCGGCCACGCAGCCCAACCCUGCAGUGUUCAUCUUCGAGCACAAGGCGCAGCAUAUCUCGCGUUUCAUCCACAACAGCCACGACCUCACCUACUUUGCCUACCUGAUCAAGGCGCAACCCGAUGACCCUGAGUCACAGAUGGCCUGUCACGUUUUCCGCGCCACAGACCCUAACCAGGUUCCUGAUGUAAUCAGUAGUAUAAGGCAGUUAUCUAAAGCAGCCAUGAAAGAGGAUGCCAAACCCAGCAAAGAUAACGAGGAUGCCUUUUACAACUCUCAGAAGUUCGAAGUCCUGUACUGCGGCAAGGUGGUAGUGACUCACAAGAAGGCCCCAUCCAGCCUCAUUGAUGAUUGCAUUGAGAAGUUCAGCCUGCACGAACAGCAGCGCCUGCGGCUGCAGGGCGAGCAGCAAGCGGAUCCUGGCGAAGAUCUGGUGGUCUUCGAGGCUGAGUCGCCUGGGUCCCCAGGAGACAGCUUGCCAGAGGAGGCGGAGGGCCUUGCCAACAGCCGCCCUGCGCUGCCGGCCGUGGCCAGCCAGCCCGCCCUGUCCAGCUCCCGUGUUUGUUUCCCUGAGCGGAUUUUGGAGGACUGUGGCUUUGAUGAACAGCAGGAGUUUCGGUCUCGGUGCAGCAGUGUCACCGGAGCCCUGCAAAGGAAAGUUCACGAGAACGCCCAGAAAUCACAGCCUCGAAGGAGACACGCGAGCGCGCCCAGCCACGUGCAGCCCUCGGAUUCGGAGAAGAACAGAACGAUGCUGUUUCAGGUUGGGCGAUUUGAGAUUAACCUUAUCAGUCCAGACACAAAAUCAGUUGUGCUAGAAAAGAAUUUUAAAGAUAUCUCCUCUUGUUCUCAGGGUAUAAAGCACGUUGAUCACUUUGGCUUUAUCUGCCGGGAGUCUCCAGAGCCUGGGAUGAGCCAGUACGUUUGUUAUGUAUUCCAGUGUGCCAGUGAAUCUCUGGUCGAUGAGGUAAUGCUGACUCUGAAGCAAGCUUUCAGUACGGCUGCUGCCCUACAGAGUGCCAAAACUCAGAUCAAGCUGUGCGAGACCUGCCCCAUGCACUCUUUGCAUAAGCUCUGUGAGAGGAUUGAAGGUCUUUACCCCCCAAGAGCCAAGCUGGUGAUACAGAGGCAUCUCUCAUCACUGACAGAUAAUGAGCAAGCUGACAUCUUUGAACGAGUUCAGAAAAUGAAGCCGAUCAGUGACCAGGAAGAGAAUGAGCUUGUGAUUUUACACCUCAGGCAGCUGUGUGAAGCCAAGCAGAAGACACAUGUGCACAUUGGGGAAGGCCCAGCGACUAUUUCAAAUAGUACAAUCCCAGAAAACGCAGCAAGUGGUGGAAGGUUCAAACUUGACAUUCUGAAGAAUAAAGCAAAGAGAUCCUUAACUAGCUCCCUGGAAAAUAUCUUCUCAAGGGGAGCUAACAGGAUGAGAGGUCGGCUUGGAAGUAUGGACAGCUUUGAACGGUCUAACAGUCUUGCUUCGGAGAAGGACUACUCGCCAGGGGACUCUCCUCCAGGGACACCACCAGCCUCUCCGCUGUCCUCUGCUUGGCAAGCAUUCCCCGAGGAGGAUUCUGACUCCCCACAGUUUCGAAGACGGGCUCACACGUUCAGCCACCCUCCUUCAAGCACAAAGAGAAAGCUGAAUUUGCAGAAUGGGAGGGCUCCCGGGGUGCGCUCCCCUCUGCUGAGGCAGAGCUCCAGCGAGCAGUGCAGUGAUGGAGAAGGGAGGAAAAGGACCUCAUCCACCUGCAGCAACGAGUCCCUAAAUACUGGAGGAACCCCUGUCACUCCUCGCAGGAUCUCCUGGCGGCAGCGCAUUUUCCUUCGCGUUGCAUCGCCCAUGAACAAAUCUCCCUCUGCAAUGCAGCAACAAGAUGGACUGGACAGGAAUGAGCUGCUGCCACUAUCCCCUCUCACUCCCACCAUGGAAGAGGAACCGCUGGUUAUAUUCUUAUCUGGUGAUGAUGACCCAGAGAAGGUCGAAGAAAAAAAGAAAUCGAAAGAACUAAAGAGUUUAUGGAAAAAAGCUAUACACCAACAAAUCUUGUUGCUUCGAAUGGAAAAAGAAAACCAGAAACUUGAAGCAAGAAGAGAUGAACUUCAGUCCAGAAAAGUCAAGUUAGACUAUGAGGAAGUUGGUGCAUGUCAGAAGGAGGUCUUAAUAACCUGGGAUAAGAAGCUGUUAAACUGCAGAGCUAAGAUCAGAUGUGACAUGGAAGAUAUUCACACUUCUCUAAGAGAAGGAGUUCCCAAAAGUCGACGAGGUGAAAUUUGGCAGUUCCUGGCUUUGCAGUAUCGCCUGAGACACAGGUUGCCUAACAAGCACCAACCCCCAGACACAUCCUAUAAAGAACUUCUGAAGCGGCUCACCGCCCAGCAGCAUGCUAUCCUUGUGGAUUUGGGAAGGACAUUUCCUACUCACCCCUACUUUUCUGUACAGCUUGGGGCCGGGCAGCUGUCACUCUUUAACCUCCUAAAGGCCUACUCUUUGCUGGACAGUGAAGUGGGCUACUGUCAGGGGAUCAGCUUUGUGGCUGGAGUCCUGCUUCUGCACAUGAGUGAAGAGCAAGCCUUUGAGAUGCUGAAGUUCCUCAUGUAUGACCUAGGCUUCCGCAAGCAGUACAGACCUGACAUGAUGUCGCUACAGAUUCAAAUGUACCAGCUGUCCAGGCUCCUUCAUGACUACCACAGAGAUCUCUACAAUCAUCUUGAAGAAAAUGAAAUCAGCCCCAGUCUUUAUGCUGCUCCCUGGUUUCUCACACUCUUUGCCUCUCAAUUUCCAUUAGGAUUUGUAGCCAGAGUUUUUGAUAUUAUUUUUCUUCAGGGAACUGAAGUGAUAUUCAAGGUUGCACUCAGCCUUUUGAGUAGCCAAGAGACUCUUAUAAUGGAGUGUGAAAACUUUGAAAACAUUGUUGAAUUCCUUAAGAACACGCUACCUGAUAUGAAUACCUCUGAGAUGGAAAAAAUUAUUACCCAGGUGUUUGAGAUGGAUAUUUCUAAACAGUUACAUGCCUAUGAGGUGGAAUAUCACGUCCUGCAGGAUGAGCUUCAGGAAUCUUCAUAUACCUGUGAGGAUAAUGAACCUAUAGAGAAGCUGGAGAGGGCCAAUAGCCAACUGAAAAGACAGAACAUGGAUCUGCUAGAAAAAUUACAGGUGGCUCAUGCUAAAAUUCAAGCCUUGGAAUCAAACCUGGAAAAUCUUUUAACUAGAGAGACCAAAAUGAAGACUUUAAUCCGGACCCUGGAACAAGAAAAAAUGGCUUAUCAAAAGACAGUGGAGCAGAUCCGGAAGCUGCUGCCGGCCGAUGCUCUAGCCAACUGCGAAACGCUGCUGAAAGAACUAAACUGCAACCCGAACAACAAAGCCAAGGCAGGAAAUAAGCCAUAAUUCAAGAUGUGCUGUCUCAGCACAAAGUGCUCCUUAGCCUAUUAGAGAGGAAGAGCCCAUACGCUGCUGGCCCAAGCUGGACACUCAAGCCGGGCGAACCACCCAGCGCUGGUGCUGAGCCCGCCAGCAAGUGGCCCUCGUUCUCAUCAGAGCACUCCCAUCCCAAGCCGUUGUACAUGUGCACAGACACUCUUGUUGCUGAACUCUGUACAUACAUACGAAAUGGAUCUAAAGAGUUCAUACUUUCAAAUAAAAUGAGUAGACAUAUAUUUAGAGCAUUUUUUUUUUUUUUUAGUCAGAACUUCAUGAAAUCCACACCAAAGGGAAGUUCAAGUGAAAUUUCCCUUGGACACAUGUGAAGUCUUUUUGUCUUUUUAGUGAAACAAAGCUAGAGCAUCUUUGUAUAUUGAAAUAUACUUGAAAAAAAUGAAUGUAUUUUUUUCUCCAAAGAACAGCAUGUUUCACGCAAUGGUGGGAAGGUGGAAACGUUUAUGUACCUUCAUGUGUACCUGUCUUAAAUUCUACUGACAUUGUCUGAAUGAGGAAAAUGAGUGGUUGCUAGUCAUGCUGUAGUGAGUGUUUUGGGAAGGUGGGGCCUUUUCGUCCUGCCUGCUUUGUGCCAAUGAGCAUGUUACAUCUUCAUGUAUUUUGAGUCUGGUGAGGCUUUGCUUUAGACACAAAUAAGGAGAAAGCAGGACAUUGUGGCUGAGUCUGCCCAGCUCAAGGUGAAAAAGAAUGUCGCUAAUUUUUUAGCAAACAAGACCAGCAUUAUGACUCAGACUGAAACUAUCAGGCCUUGAAAAUAUAAUUUAGGAUCUAAAUUGUCUGGGUUAGCUUUCUACCUUUUUAUUUAAAUGACUUCUGCAGUUGUGAACAGUUACUUGGUGCCCCAGUAACCAAGUGACACAGAUUGGCUAUUUCCCCACCAAAUUGUAAAAGCCCACAGUUUAGUUCUUUUGACCUACAAUUUUAGGAUAAGGAAAUGCAAUUAUGAUUGAUUUUUCCUAAAGAGGACAUACUGUGUUGAGAAACUUUUUUUUUUUUUUGGCCAAUUGACAGAAUCUAAUAAGCUAUUAAUCAUCUUCCCCUUUCAUGGGAAACUUUAGGAGAACUGUGAAAUGUUUAGGAAAAACUGUUGAAAUCCACUGGGAGGGAAGGGGAAGUGGCACCCAGCCCAACCCAAACCUACAAUUCUGAUUUGGACUCCGAGCUUCCGCUGCAUGCAAAUAGCUCGUUAGAAGACAUUCAUGCAUGCUGGGUAUACGGAAGGGAAGUCGUUUUCAACGUACACGUGCAAUUCUCCCUUUCAGAGAGGAUUUUACGAUAGUGCCUCUGAAAAUCAGUGCAGUUUUUUUGCCUUUCCAAACUAUUUAUCGGCACUGCUUUUUGCAGCACUUUGAUUUUCACAGAUGGAUUAUUUGGGGGUAAUUUUCUUCAAAGAGAGUUUGUUAUACACAAGCUGAAAUGUAUUACAGAGUGCAAGAGUAAAGCUCUCAAGGUUUCAGAAAAUCGCCAUGAACAGAUGACAGACAUCUGAAACCCUCUUACCACUGGAAACAGUGAAAGUACGGAUUCUUGUUGAAGAUCAGCAUGCCAUUGAAUCUCAGUGGUUUCUUAAAAGACAAUGACUUGUUUUAGUAAGUCAAGUUAAUAUCACUUCUAGGUUCUAGAAAAUGAUGAUUCUAGGUACCCCAUUCACUUGGGAACCAACAAUUGACUUGUUAUUAGAUUUCUUGAAAAUCUCUCUUUAGAAGGUUUUUUAUUUUUAAUUUUCCCCUAUCAAGAGUAAUAUGACAUGGGCUGGGGUAGUAGUAGCUCAGUGGUAGAGCGCUUGCCUUGCACAUGUGAGGCCCUGGGUUUGAUCCUCAGCGUCACAUAAAAAUAA